AUGGUUCUGGUUUUGAGGGAACGAGAGUGUCGGUUGUCUCCACGACAGUUUUCUUUUAUCCAGUUCCACGUAACCAUCGGCCACGCCGGCCACUCCCUCUACACCGGCUGUCCGUUCCCCUGCUGGAUGCAGUGGGCUCUGAUUGGCUACGCCGUCACCUUUAUCAUCCUCUUCGCCAACUUCUACUACCACGCAUAUCGACGCAAGCCUGCCUUUUCUCGGAAAGGAGGGAAGCCCAUAACAAACGGCUCCUCUGUGGUGGCUAAUGGUCAUAGCAAAGUGGAGGAAGAGGAGGAGGACGAUGAGGAGGACAACGGAAAGAGGCAAAAGAAAGGAAGAGCGAAAAGGGAGUAAAGCAGGAAACGGGGCUUGCUUUGCGAAAAGCAGACAGUUAUUUUAUGGGCCAGAGAAAGAGGGAGGGGAGGGAUAAACAGAGUUCAAACCAGACGAUCAUCCCUGCAAAUAAAGUGGAUGGAUGUGAUUAGGGACCAACUUGAUGAAGUGAAUGGUUAGCAGUGUGUGUUCACUGGGUGUGUCUGUAAAUGGUUCUGGUUUUGAGGGAACGAGAGUGUCGGUUGUCUCCACGACAGUUUUCUUUUGUAAUUAAAUCCAGAUAAGAAAAGAAAAUUGCUGUUCAUGUAGGCCCACCCCCCGUUCCUCUGUCCAGCUCUGUUUUGGACCAUAGUAGGACAAAAAUAAUAAAGGAACCGCAUCCUGCUCAGCAUCCACUUACUUUCAACCGGAAUCCACCUCCAACUUUUGUACUCUCAAUUCCAGUACUGUUUAAAAGCUUAAUAGCGUUAAAUAAGCUAAAUUAAUUUAUUUUCUAGUGCUUUCAAUGAGUAUCAAUUCAUUUAAACUGUUAACGAGGGGAGAAAACAUGCAAAACUCUGAUCUUUCUUUUUUUUUCCUUUUUUGGUUUGGGGGGUUAUCAUUGUUUACAAAUACUUAGUUUACCUUAACAUGGCUAUCAAAGAAACAAAAAAACAUGUCUCUUCAUUAUCUGCCAUCAACUCUUUGCAGUCACCUGCACCAUCUACCAGACUUCAAAUCUCACUGUCUUCUCUGACUUUAUUUACCUGUGCUGCAUUUACAGAGUGAUACACUAUUUUCUUUAUGUGCUUUGUGGAUUAAAAACCUGGUUUUAAAUACUUUCGAGGGGGGCGGUGAAAUUGUAGGGUUUUUUUAUAGAGUCAACGCUAAUUUAUGAUUAUCUUUGUUAUAAUACACAUUUCUGUGGGUCGUUCUUUCUUUUUGCUGUGCAAUGUAGCUGAGGUGCAAGAAUAAGAGAUUAAUGUACAGCUCAGUAUUGUCUCACUGCCACGUAGAACGGACGGGGAAAGUCGUCUUGAGAAGAGCUUCGUCUUUUUUUUUUUUUAAGGAAAAGGAUUGUCUUAUUAAAACAGAAGAGACACAGCUUUCCCUGGCUGCACAUAUAACUGAAAUAAAGACAAUGUCAGCACCCCA